AUGCCUACCUUGAGCGAAAUCACGGAAAUGGCCAGCGCACUCGUUCUGCAAGCUCCCGGCACGGACGCUCCUUUAGACGUGCUAGGGGACUGGGGACGCGAAGUCGCGCGAUUUCUGACUUGGCUCGACGCCGAGGAACGUAAGGUGUUAUUCACGCUCACGGCGGUCUCUCAACUCCACACAACCUUCCAAGAGCAGGUGGAUGCGCGCCUGCAUUACCCUUGGCGAUCUUGGGGUCGCCAGUGGCUUCCUCUUACUGCUGAGGCUUGGGAAGCAAAAAUGCAAGCUUUAAUGGGGAAUCCCGUGAUCAGGGACCCUCUCGCUAGCACCCAGUUGUCUUCGCUUGCUAUCAUCGCUCUCCUCGACCCUUCUAACGAGGGCAAAGGUGGUAACCGCGCUGGCGCGGGCGAUGAGAUAACUGACGAGAAGUCUACGCAUCACACUCGCACUUCUCAGGCUAAAUGCCCUCGAGAGGAAGCGCUGCAAGGCGACAUAAGUUCUGAUGUCCAAACGCCUUCUUCAUUCGCGGACCGUCCUUCCAAUCGGCCCAGACUCCCACCCUCCGUAAAGAAACCACUCCGGCGCAUGCCUCCAUCCAAACCCCGCUCUUUCAACGAGCUAAUGCAAGACAGCAACCUGCGAGACCCUCGCGUAGUGGUGCUUGAAUGCAAGAGAUGUGAAAAAAAAAAACCAUCGGCGACGAAGCUCUGCCUCACCGUACUUCGUCUGUGUUCGCAGACUGACGAGUACGAACUAUCAAAUUCCUGCAUGCGCUGCAUUGUAGACCAUCAGAAGUGCGAGUGGCCUGCUGGUGCUAUUUCUAAGAACAUAGGACACCGUGUGCACGUCUCUGCAAAAUACUUCUCACCCACCGAGGAUCAGUCGGCAGCUCCAAAGUCGCUGGGGCCGACGUUGACUCAGUCUGGUGCCUGUGCUUCACACGUAGUUAUCAAUUUGCCGCACAAGAACACAGUGAAGGUCACUUCUUCUGCUCAGCCUGCACCCGGCCCUUCCUCGGCUACUACAGCAGAGCAAGUGAAACAUACUUCCGACAUCAUCCAGCUGCCUACGCCGAAGCGUUCUAUUUCGCCCAUCUCAACUUGGAUAAUGGAACUGAUGUAA